CACGGUAUUGCUGCAUGGUACACAAAUCAAUACAACAAACAACACCAUAAGAUUUUACAAAACAAUAUAUUCAAUAUGAUGGAAAGAAAAGAAAAUAUUCCUGCAAUUGACCAGGCGACAAUCAACCAAACAGGUGAAUGGGAGCUUAUGCAUGGGGUCGCCCUACGAAAUGCUGAUGGGACAGCGCGACACUGUCCCUAUAGCAUAGCUCCUGUCACACUAGAGCGCACAACAUAUGAAAAACUAGUUCGUGUCACCCCACUAAUUUCGAAACUGAUCCACGGCGUGUCCGAAGACCAGGCAUUUUUGGAAGAGAAUGUGACUGGGGCGGCCCUGGCAGAUCCGUUCUUUGGGCGACUUCUCAAAAUCAAUAAGCAAAUUAUGGCAAAUAACCCAGCUCGACUGCCGUUGCUAAUUAUACGUACAGACUACAUGGAUGAUAGAAAUCAGGGUGCCAGAGUAAUCGAGUUUAAUGGUAUCGCUGCGGGUAUGGCUCCAUUUGGACAGCGUGUUCAUGAGUUCCAUCGCUAUGUACAGAUGCAGUGGCCAGAGGUUUUCAGUCGGUGGGUUGCCGCGGACAAUGGGGAGCUGGCUGUGAAUAAAGGCUUGGACAACUUGGCAAAAGGCAUCGCAGACACGGCGUUUGAAGUACGAUCCCGAUCUGACGACAAGGGCAAAGGAAAGCCCGUGUUCAUAAUGGUAGUGCAAGAAGACGAAGACAAUGUAUACGAUCAACAUCUGCUUGAAAUGAAACUAUUAGAUCUUGGCGUUCGCCCAGUAAGACGUACAUUCGAUCAAUUAUCCAAGGAGCUAUCCACCGGACCAAAUCAGCGAUUAAUUUUGAAAGAUAUAGGAGGUGUAGAUGUGGUGUACCUACGAGUCGGCUACCAAUGCAUUGACUAUUUUAUACCCGGCGAGCCGGAGUGCUGUUCGGCAUUGAUCAACACUCGCGCCUACAUCGAAAAGCACAGGGUGGCCAUGAAUGCUACAGUCAGUCAACAACUUGCAACCAGCAAAACCAUUCAAAUGGUAAUAACUAACAUGUCAGCGAAGCAAUUAUCUCGGUGGGGUCUGACCGAAGCAGAAGGUGUAGAGGUCCUUAGUGUACUAGCAGAGAUGAAACCUAUCGACGCCAACACGGCAACCUGGCUGCGCGAUCAUGCCGACGUACAUGAUUGGGUAUUAAAGAACCAGGGUGAAGGUGGAGGUCACUGUGUGUUUGGGUCUGAUAUCUUUACCAAGCUCGCAGAGCUUAAACCAGAUAAAUAUAAGGCCUGGGCUUUAAUGCUGCGGCUGUUCCCGCAUGAGCGCGAGCGCCCGGCAUUGGCUGUCAGGGAUAAUAAGGCUUCGGUAGUUGAGGACUUGAUCAGUGAAAUAGGGUUGUUCACAGUACACUUUGAGGGUAAACCCAUGGCUGGCGACGAUGGUUAUGCUGGAUACCUGAUCCGUAGUAAGCCGGCCCAAGAGAACGAGGGCGGUGUGCACACUGGGAAAGGUGUGCUAGACUCUAUACUAUUGAUAAAUUAAAUCAGAGCAGUAUGAUAUUGAA